UUCAAGAAAUAAAAAUGACAAAAUUAUGAAAAUUUGUUGACUAUCUUGGCAAUUUAGUCCGAUUUAUCUGUUGUUUCUAAUAAGUUCAUAUUUAUUUGCUACUAAUGAAUGAUUGAUUGGAUCGAUUAAUCAAAAAAUCAUUAUAAGCGUCAAUCUAACCAACGCUACAUCAACGCCUCUUGCUUUAUUUCAUAGAUAAUUUGUUGACUUAUUAAAGUUGACAUUGUUAUUACAAGAUAAUUCCUGUUAAAUCUUGUUAUGUUGAUUUUUCCUUCAAAUUAUUUAUUUUUAAUCAGUUAAUUUCAAUUAUUGUGCAUCCGGUAUUUACCAACAAAUAGAAAAUAGUUUACUUUCGUUUUAAUAUAGUUUUGGUGAAAUUCUCAACCUAACCAUGGGCCUUCUAUAUGCAACUCAAUAUGGUGUUUAUGGAGUAACCUUAUUCGUCAUAAUAUGCUUUUCUCUAUAUUACAUGUUGACCGGAAGAGGGUCUCGUAUGGGGGACAUUCAAUGGUUACUUGAAGGUAUUUCUCCUUACUAUUGGUGUGCCAUGGGUAUCGGCCUAUCUAUAUCACUGAGUGUUGUUGGAGCCGCUGCCGGUAUAUUUGCUACUGGAGUAUCAAUUGUAGGUGGUGGUGUUAGAGCACCCAGAAUUAAGACAAAAAAUCUAGUCUCUAUUAUUUUUUGUGAAGCUGUAGCAAUUUAUGGUAUCAUCAUGUCAAUUGUAAUGCUUAGUAAUUUCGAGGCAUAUAAUCCUACAUUGGCGGAAGAAAAUUUCGAAAUCAAAGCCAAAAAUUAUUUUUCUGGUUAUAUCAUGUUUGCUGCAGGCCUCACUGUUGGAUUGAGUAAUUUAGCUUGCGGUUUAUCCGUUGGUAUUGUUGGUAGCGGUGCUGCUCUUGCAGAUGCCGCUAAUUCAACUCUUUUCAUCAAAAUUCUUGUUAUUGAAAUCUUUGCCUCUGCUAUCGGACUUUUUGGCCUUAUUGUGGCAAUCCUCAUGACCAGUCAUAUUUCCAUGGGACCAAAAUGAUUCAAAGCUCAGGGUAAUAUUACUUAAAUCAAAAUGAAGAUAACAUUUUUUGUCUAUAAUAAUUUUCUAUGAGGUGCUUAAUCAAGAGACUUUCCAACAACGCAAAAUGGACAUUUAAUUAGCCAUCUAUUCAGCGUUGAAUACAUUAGAAAGUAAAACGUUUAUAGCAUGAUUUAUUUUGGCUAUUGUGCUUAUGAAUGGCAAGGACCAACACUUUUUGACCAAUUUGUAUAAUCGGAAAAUAUGUACAUAAAAGUUGAACCAUUAAAUUUUAUUGGUUCUGUUUUAACCAAUAAUCGGAAAGAUAAAACAUU